AUGUCGUUCGGAAAAUCUCGUACUGUAACUCUUUGUUCGCUUGCAAAUUUUAUCAAUGCUGCUGAUCGAGCAAUUAUGCCAAUUGCCAUUAUUCCAAUGGCAAAAGAAUUUAAUUGGAAUUUACGUUUACAAGGUUAUAUAUUAUCAUCAUUUCCUAUCGGUUAUUUAACAAGUCAAUUAUUUGCACAUAUGUUUGUACGACGUUUUGGUACAAAAGUUGUUCUUGCUUUAGCAGUUUUUACAUGGUCAUUAGUAACAUUCGCAACACCUUUUUUGGCACCUGUACCUUUUUUUCUUAUUUGUUCAAGAAUUGCUCUAGGAUUUGGUGAAGGUUUAGCUUUACCAACAAUAUUUCAUAUAUUCAGUAAUUAUGUACCUAUGGAAGAACGAUCGAGGUCGUUUAGUUAUCUUAUUGCAUUAGGUUCAGUUGGACAAACAUUUGCCGCUCUGGUAUGUCCUCAUAUAGCUUGGCGUAUUGUUUUCUUUGUAUUUGGUUUAAUGGGUUUCUUUUGGACAUUUAUGUGGAUUGUUACUUAUCGUGAUGUUGCUCUUACUCUUGGAAAUAUUGGUAAUGAUGAAGCUUUUAUUCAUCCAUCGUCGAAAUUAGGAAAUAAAAAUUAUCGAUGGACUGAAUUUAUUUCACAUUGGCCAUUAUGGGCAAUUUAUAUAGCACAUUUUGCAAUGAAUUGGUCAUCAUAUAUUGUUAUGGUAUGGUUACCAUCUUAUUUAACGAAAACAUUUGAUGCUGAUCCAACAAGUUUAUCAUUUACGGCAUUUCCGUAUGUUAUGAAUUGUUUAUUAGGUGUUGCUGCCGGUCAUUUUGCUGAUUCUCUUAUUCAAAAUCGAUGGACAGUUUUAUCUGUUCGUCGAUUAAUGACAGCUAUUGGUUUACUUGGACCUGGUCUAUUUAUGUUAUUAUUUAUUUCAGUUGACAAUCUUCUUCUUGCUGUUGUCUUUAUAUCAAUAAGUAUGGGUUUAAGUGCAUGUAAUUCUGCUGGUCACCUAUCAAAUCAUGCUGAUAUAGCACCUAAUCAUGCUGGUAUAACAUUUGCUAUAUCAAAUACUCUUGCAACUAUUCCUGGAAUCUUAGCUGGUCCUGUAACUGCUGAAUUAGUUGUUGCCAGUCAUGGUCGUUGGUUUCCAGUAUUUAUUCUUGCAAGUGGUGUUAAUUUUGUUGGUGCCAUUAUAUAUCAAAGUCAAAGUGCUUCAACACAAAUAUUGUGA